AUGACAUUAUCACAAGAUGAAAUCAUUGACAGGUGUGGUAAAGCUAAACCUCAAGACCUUGUCGCACACAUACCAUAUGGAAAAAGCAUUCUCAAACUCUCCGACGGCAUCGCAGUAGAAUUUGGAUAUGGGGUGACCGAAUACGAGGCACACGGUCAAGACAAGGCUUAUCAGAUCUUGGAUCAUGAUAUCGUCCGAGUGCCCAAGGUCUACGAUUUCUUCCAAGACGGGCAGGGUCGUGGCUACCUCGCCAUGGACUUCAUGGAGGGCCAGACACAAGAUUCGUACAAAGACCACUCGCAGCUCAAAGCUCUCUUCCGGAUCCUUGAUCAUUUUGCCAUCCAAACAUCUGAAAAGCCAGGAUCGUUCGGAGGCGGACCAUCUCGUGCCCUUCUCUUUGGUGAAUCAGACCCUCCGACAUUUGACACCAUUGACAAGAUUGAGCGGUGGUACAACAUGCGGCAUCUUGUUCCAGGGGCGACCCUUUCGUUUCAAAAAUCCGAACUGGUGCUAUGUCACCUCGACUUAUUUCCGCGAAAUAUCUUAUGGCAUCCAGAUCAGCCGCCUUGUGUACUAGACUGGUCCUCUGCAGGCUAUUACCCGAGGAUAUUUGAAGCUUGUUCUCAACUUAUUCGCGAGAGGUUGGAACAAAGCGGUGGCGUUCUCCAGAUUCCAAUACCAGAAUGUGAGUCUUAA